AACUCGCCAGGCCCACUGACGAAAUACCAAAACCCUAGUUGUACUUUCCUGCCUCUUCUCUCUCCUUUUCUCUCUGUUGAUUCUCAGCGGCACGCCAUAACCAGAGCAGCUCCAAAGUCACAGAAGACGUAGGUAAGUGUAUUCAAGUUCUGUUGGAGAGAUGAGCAGAGGAGGGAGCGCUGGCGGCGGCGCCAAGGCGGCGAAGAAGAAGGGAGCGACGUUCGUGAUCGACUGCGCCAAGCCGGUGGAGGACAAGAUCAUGGAUAUCGCCUCCCUCGAGAAGUUCCUCCAGGAGCGCAUCAAGGUCGACGGCAAGGCCGGCGCCCUCGGCGACUCCAUCACCGUCUCUCGCGACAAGUCCAAGAUCACCGUCACCUCCACCUCCGACUUCUCCAAGCGGUACCUUAAGUACCUGACAAAGAAGUACUUGAAGAAACAUAAUGUCCGCGAUUGGCUCCGCGUAAUUGCUUCAAACAAGGACCGCAGUGUCUACGAGCUUAGGUACUUCAACAUUGCUGAGAAUGAGGGAGAGGAGGAAGAUUAAGAAUCUGCUCCAACAUUAGAAUAUCAUGAUUCACUUGCUCAAAAGAUGUCGUUCACCAUUUUCCAACAUUUCAAUGUUCUUAUUGGAUUUUGGUUUGUAACUCUCUGGCUUUCAGAUUGCAAGCAGAUUUAUUUUCGUUGUCCUUUUCACUAUGAAUCGAGUUUUGAGUUCCAAAA